CCGGCAGCGCGGAGGCCGAGGCCGAGGCCCCGAGCUCGCGGGCCGCACGGCGAGGCCGGCCCGGGGGCGGGCAGGGCGGCGGGGGGCGGCGGCGGCCCCGCGAGGGGCGGCUCGGCGGCAGCGGCUGCCGCGGCGCGGCCGGUUCGGGCCGGGGGUGGGGGCGAGGGCCGGCGCCCCCCCCGCGCGCCCCCAGCGCCCCCGCCCCCCCGGCCUGAGCGGGGCGGGCGGAGGAGGGAGCGGCGGCGGCGGCGGCGGCGGCGGCGGCGGUGGCGGCAUUGUGCGCGCACCAGCAGCCCGGCCCGGGAGGAGCAGGACGCGCCGGGGCCGCCUCCUCCCGCACGGACCCAUGAACCAGCCGGGCGGCGCGGCGGCUCCGCAGGCUGACGGAGCCAGUGCAGCCGGAAGGAAAAGCACUGCGAGCAGGGAGCGCUUGAAGCGCAGCCAGAAGAGCACCAAGGUGGAGGGCCCAGAGCCAGUGCCAGCCGAGGCCUCGCUGAGUGCCGAGCAAGGAACGAUGACGGAGGUGAAGGUGAAGACGGAGCUGCCCGAUGACUACAUCCAGGAGGUGAUCUGGCAGGGCGAGGCCAAGGAGGAGAAGAAGGCGGUCAGCAAGGAUGGGACCAGCGACGUGCCUGCCGAGAUCUGCGUGGUGAUCGGCGGCGUCCGCAACCAGCAGACCCUUGAUGGAAAAGCGCCCGAAGGCAGCCCCCACGGUGGAUCUGUGCGAAGCCGGUAUUCAGGGACCUGGAUUUUUGACCAAGCAUUGAGAUAUGCAUCUGGGUCUUAUGAAUGUGGAAUCUGUGGCAAGAAGUACAAGUAUUACAACUGCUUCCAGACCCACGUGCGGGCGCACCGAGACACCGAAGCCACCUCAGGGGAGGGAGCCUCCCAAAGCAACAAUUUCAGGUACACGUGUGACAUCUGUGGGAAGAAGUACAAAUACUACAGCUGUUUCCAAGAGCACCGAGACCUGCACGCAGUGGAUGUGUUUAGUGUGGAAGGGGCCCCUGAGAACCGGGCAGACCCCUUCGACCAAGGUGUCGUGGCCACUGACGAGGUGAAGGAGGAGCCCCCGGAGCCAUUCCAGAAAAUCGGGCCAAUGAACAAUAUUACAUCAGACAUUUUUAAGAAGAAAGAAGUUAGGCAGUGCCAAAAGAGAGAAACUGGCAAUUACACCUGUGAAUUCUGCGGCAAACAGUACAAGUACUACACUCCCUACCAGGAGCAUGUGGCCUUACACGCCCCCAUCAGUACUGCCCCCGGGUGGGAGCCACCGGAUGAUCCAGACACGGGCUCUGAGUGUUCACAUCCAGAGGUCUCCCCGUCUCCACGCUUCGUGGCAGCGAAGACCCAGACGAACCAGUCGGGGAAAAAAGCUCCGGCCUCCGUGGUCCGAUGCGCCACCCUCUUACACCGCACCCCUCCAGCCACCCAAACCCAGACGUUCCGCACUCCAAAUUCGGGAUCUCCGGCGAGCAAGGCAACCGCAGCAGAAAGCGCUUUUAGUCGGAGAGUAGAAGGCAAAGCACAAAACCACUUUGAAGAGACGAACAGCAGUUCGCAGAACUCCAGCGAAACUGCAAGUCCCCUGAUUUCCAACCCUUUCCCUCUCCUACAGAAACCCUAUACCUGCGGCGCCUGUGGGAUCCAGUUCCAGUUCUACAACAACCUGUUGGAGCACAUGCAAUCCCACGCAGCUGACAAUGAAAACAACAUCGCCUCCAACCAGUCCCGAUCGCCACCUGCUGUUGUAGAAGAGAAGUGGAAACCUCAGGCCCAGAGGAACAGCGCCAAUAACACCACUACCAGUGGUUUAACACCCAACAGCGUGAUCCCCGAAAAGGAGCGGCAGAACAUCGCAGAGCGGCUGUUGAGGGUCAUGUGCGCCGACCUGGGUGCACUGAGCGUGGUCAGCGGGAAGGAGUUCCUGAAGUUGGCCCAGACCUUAGUAGACAGUGGUGCCCGCUAUGGGGCCUUCUCGGUCACUGAAAUCCUGGGCAACUUCAACACGCUGGCACUGAAGCACCUGCCACGCAUGUACAACCAGGUGAAGGUGAAAGUGACCUGUGCCUUGGGCAGCAAUGCCUGCCUAGGCAUCGGUGUCACCUGCCACUCCCAGAGUGUCGGCCCUGACUCCUGCUACAUCCUCACAGCCUACCAGGCCGAGGGCAACCACAUCAAGAGCUAUGUGCUUGGUGUGAAGGGUGCAGACAUUCGUGACAGCGGCGACCUCGUGCACCACUGGGUGCAGAACGUGCUGUCGGAGUUCGUGAUGUCGGAGAUCAGGACAGUGUACGUGACGGAUUGCCGGGUGAGCACGUCCGCCUUCUCCAAGGCUGGCAUGUGCCUUCGCUGCUCAGCCUGUGCCUUGAACUCGGUGGUGCAGAGCGUGCUGAGCAAGCGGACGCUGCAGGCCCGCAGCAUGCACGAGGUCAUCGAGCUGCUCAACGUGUGCGAGGACCUGGCAGGCUCCACGGGCCUGGCCAAGGAGACCUUCGGGUCGCUGGAGGAGAUGUCGCCACCGCCCUGCUGGAACUCGGUGACGGACUCACUGUUGCUGGUGCAUGAGCGCUACGAGCAGAUCUGCGAGUUCUACAGCCGGGCCAAGAAGAUGAACCUCAUCCAGAGCCUCAACAAGCACCUGCUCAGCAACCUGGCGGCCAUCCUGACGCCGGUGAAGCAGGCAGUCAUCGAGCUGAGCAACGAGAGCCAGCCCACCCUGCAGCUGGUGCUGCCCACCUAUGUCAGGCUGGAGAAGCUGUUCACGGCCAAGGCCAACGACGCAGGCACCGUCAGCAAGCUCUGCCACCUCUUCCUGGAGGCGCUCAAGGAGAACUUCAAGGUGCACCCAGCCCACAAGGUGGCCAUGAUCCUGGACCCGCAGCAGAAGCUGCGGCCUGUGCCACCCUACCAGCACGAGGAGAUCAUCGGCAAGGUCUGUGAGCUCAUCAAUGAGGUGAAGGAGUCCUGGGCCGAGGAGGCCGACUUCGAGCCUGCUGCCAAGAAGCCCCGCUCUGCCACUGGCGAGAACCCCACAGCUCAGGAAGAUGAUCGGCUGGGCAAAAAUGAAGUGUACGAUUACCUGCAGGAGCCCCUCUUCCAGGCUACCCCUGAUCUCUUCCAGUACUGGUCGUGCGUUACCCAAAAGCACACAAAACUCGCCAAGCUCGCCUUCUGGCUCCUGGCGGUUCCGGCCGUGGGCGCCAGAAGCGGGUGUGUAAAUAUGUGUGAACAAGCGCUUCUAAUCAAACGGAGGCGGCUGCUCAGUCCAGAAGAUAUGAAUAAACUCAUGUUUCUGAAAUCCAACAUGCUUUAAGACUUGACUUCGGGGAAAAAAAAAAGAAAAAGAGAAGAUAACAUUAGAAAAAAACCACACAACACUGUCACAAACAAAGAAAAGGAAUUUAAGUUCUAAACACUGUGGACCUCAUUAUAAAUGCCCCCUGGAAACUUAAGUGCUUUUUUUUUUUAUAUGUGUGUGUGUGCCUGUGUGUACACAGCCACACGUAUGUGCACAUGUCUGAACACGUGCUGUGGUUAUGGGGGUGUGGGAGGGUCUCUGUGCUCAUCUCCAUGGCCAGAGAAACUUCGCACAUACAUGCACACACACACACACGACCCUGGUGCAUGUACACACGCCUGUGCUCGGAUGGGUGUGCAUUGAACUGGGCGUGUCAGGAAAGCUGAGCGAUUGGGAAAGAGGGAGAUGUUUCACCUCCUUUUCUCAGUAAGGGGGCUUUAGAAGACUCCGCUUUCAGGUGUGCAGAUUGGCAGAAAGCUGAUGUUGUGAAAUGUUCAGGCAGCUGAGAUCUGAAGUGACUUGACGCUCUCUGUCCUUCAUCCCAGUCCUCCUUUUCCCUCCUUGACCCUCUUCUAGCCCUCCCACCGCCCCGAUCCCAUUGUGCACCCCCCCCGAUCCCAUUGUGCACCCCCCCACACACCCUCGGCUGCUCUGCUGUGGACUCUCCACACUGCAUCAGAUGGACGGUUUCUGCACUGGACUUUGUUUCUCGUUCACCUUCAGGGCAUUGAGCUGCUGCCUUUGAGAUACCCCUUGGGUGUCCCGGGGCAGCCGCUUUAGAAACACACCUAUCUAUCUCCCCAAAUCAGGAAAGGAGACUUAAAGAGUAUAAAGCUGACAUUUUGCUUUUUAAUAUAAGAGAGGAGAAAAAGACAUUUUUCAGAGAAGUAUAGAUACUGUCUCCACUCCCUAAUAAUUUCUCUCCCUAACAUUUUAGCAAUUUUUACCUUGUUUGGGGGUUCAUUUUGUUUCUUCAGAUUUGAUUUAGACUCUGCUAGGAGGCACUGAAUGUCUAUAACUUAUGUUUUGGAGUUUUGUUUUUUUACUUGCCCCUUUUGUUCCUCAAGUCACACUGUAAACUAGCUCAUCUCAGUGGUAUACUCAGUAUCCUACGGUCUUUCUUGGCCUUCCCUGUACAGUUCGGUUUUCACAUAUUCGAACGGCCAAGACCAGGUUCUUGGCUGUGCUAUUUGGAGACCAGGGGUUGGGGAGGAGUCAGGGGUUCCACAGCUGCAGGGUUUGGUGGCUGUAGGGGAAGCAGUGGUUUGGGAGUUCUGAAUGUAAGUGCCAGAGCUGCCCUCCUGGUCCGCUGUGCGUGGUACCCGGUGUGCAUCACACUACUCACCCCCUCCCCGACCCUGGCAGUCCACAGCGACUCCAAAGUCAGCCCAUAGUCACAUCCACCACACCUCAGACCUGCCACAGCCUCUCCUCACUUCCCAGGACCCUGAGGCUUCCAGGAGCUCUGCUGCCCACAGCCCUCGGGGUCCUCACUCACACCUCCGACUUCCAGGACGGCAGUGAGCAUGGUGCCUUGUGGCCCCAACAGUUGAUGUUCCAAGGGUGGGAUGGUGUUCGGCCAUGUUUGACUCGAUGCUGUGAAAGAUGUCUUCAGGCUUCUCUCUCCUGUUCCCCCAGCUGUGAGCAAAUUAGGUUCUACACACACAGUUCAGAUGCCAAGGGUGACACCCCAUUCCCUUCACAAGAGGUGGUUCUGUCACAAAUCAGCACUCCACCCCCACCACACCUCUCAGUGAAUAAAGUGCUGGUGGUCUCACUCCCCUAGCGACCCUUAGCCAUGGGAUGGGGUGGUUACACUAAGGCUUCAGGCUGAGAAUGGCCAUCAUGGCGGGAGGCUGUUCGCAAAGGCACCUUCUGUCAUCCUGGGGUUGGCUAAGUCAACUCCACCCCUUCCCGAUAAUAAAGCAUUACUCAACUGUGAGAUACCUCGACUACAAAAAGCACUGUACCACAGCCCUCUCCCCCGGGUCCAUGACGGGAGCAGGGAGUAAAGUUGAUUGCAAACCUCAUGAAGGCUUAGGAUCAUGGACCUGGAACAUAGUGUUGGGGGCCAAGCCUGCACACUUUGCCUCAUGAGAACUCACCCAGCUCUCCCCUCGAGUCUUGGACACACUGAAAUGGAUCAAAGUGGGCCAUUUCCACAUUUGCUCUAGCAAACUGUGGUCUCAGGAACUACCAUGCCAUUUCCUCUCCUGGAGAAGUUCUAGGUAUUCCCUCCACAACAUUUCCAACUGGGGGACCGAGCUCACUUAUCAGAGAAGAGCCGCCAUCCACACUGGAGCAGGAACGGGGAGAAAUCCAGACAGGAACCUCAUGUCACUUCCUAGGGAAUAUGGGAAGAAACAUCAGCAGACUUCUCAGUUGGGCCUUUGGAGGCGUUCUGGAAGGUGGCCUCAGCAUCACUGAUGAUUGACAGAUGCCUACAGCAAAAGGUCCCUUUAGCGUUGCUUGACUGCUGGGGAAGGGACAGUGACUGGCACUUUGACCCACACAAGGAUAGGAGCUGCCUACUUUGUGUGGUAGGUGAGAGCAGAGCCUGGGAGACUCCCAUCCUCCCUCUACUUGGAGCAAAGUUGUGCUGGUGAUGCCCCA